GCUUCUCUUUCGCACCGUAUGGGCUUUGGUGAUUUAAAAACAGUGGACGUGUGAAGUUGCUGAUCCGUGAAAAAAGUGUUUUUGCGGAAAAACUUUAGUUUUGCUAGCACAAAACCCUACCUUCGACCGUAGUGAGAAGAGCGUGAAUGUUGGAAUGAAUUGUGCGCCGGAAGUGUCCUAAACAAGACGAGAAAAAUACGGUCGCGUGAGUGCAUUGUCGUCGUUGAGUGAUAGCUGUAAUAAGUGGCGAGGAAAAUAAAUAAGUGACUCCCACAUAUGGUUUCGUUACAAACUAUUCUAAACAGUGUGACACGGUCAGGGCUGAUCAGGCUUGAGGUUUUGCUGGAGCAAGCAUAAAAGCAGCAGCACUAGUGAUAAAUUGCGGUCAACCACCGGCAUUUCCGUUCGAAGAAAAAACUCGGUGGACCGUUUUGGUGAAGAUAUUAGAAGACAUUAGUUGGAUAAUCAGAAGAGUGUAAAAUGUUUAGUCCUGAUUAUGAGAAGCGCAUCCUGAAGCACUGCAGUCCGGUUGCCCGAAGUCUUUUCAACGGAGGCGAGUCGUCUUCAUCCCUGGAUCGCUUCAUCCCAUGUCGGGCCAACAACAACUGGCAGACUAAUUUCGCCUCGCUCAGCACCAAAUCGAACGAGAACUCGCCCCAGUCGAACAAGAAGCAGCGGGACUGCGGCGAGUCCGCCCGGGACAGUCUGGCCUACAGCUGUCUGCUCAAAAAUGAACUGCUGGGUACCGGAAUCGAGGACGUGAAAUCCGUGGCGGAGGACAAGAUUGGACUGCUGUCAAAUAGCAACCGGCCCGGUCUGUUCAAAUAUCAGUCACCGACAAAACAGGACUACAACGAACAGUGCCCGUACUCGUUGUCGCCGGUCAGCAUCAAAAGCCAGAAAUUGCUGCGCUCGCCACGCAAAGCCACCCGUAAAAUCUCGAAGAUCCCGUUCAAAGUGCUCGAUGCUCCCGAGCUGCAAGACGACUUUUAUCUGAACCUGGUGGACUGGUCGGCCCAGAAUGUGCUGGCGGUGGGACUGGGAAGUUGUGUUUACCUAUGGAGCGCUUGCACAAGUCAGGUGACAAGGCUGUGCGAUUUGAGCUCCGAUGCAAACACCGUCACCUCGGUAUCGUGGAGCGAAAGAGGGCAUCAGCUUGCGGUGGGCACACAUCAUGGCUACGUCACCGUGUGGGACGUGGCAGCUAGCAAACAGGUCAACAAAUUGCAAGGGCAUUCUGCCCGUGUAGGAGCUCUAGCUUGGAACAGUGAUGUCCUGUCGAGCGGGUCUCGAGAUCGUCUGAUUAUGCAAAGGGACACACGCACUCCCGCUCAGGUAUCGGAACGUCGCUUGGUUGGCCAUCGUCAGGAAGUUUGCGGCCUCAAAUGGUCCCCUGACAAUCAGUAUCUUGCCAGUGGCGGUAACGAUAACAGGUUGUACGUAUGGAAUCAGCAUUCUUCCAAUCCGGUACAAUCGUACUCGGAGCACAUGGCCGCUGUGAAAGCAAUAGCUUGGUCACCUCAUCAUCAUGGGCUGCUUGCUAGUGGAGGCGGUACGGCAGAUCGUUGUAUACGCUUCUGGAACACCCUGACCGGGCAACCAAUGCAAUGCGUGGACACUGGUUCGCAGGUGUGCAACCUUGCCUGGUCGAAACACUCAUCAGAAUUGGUGUCCACCCAUGGGUACUCUCAGAACCAGAUACUAGUUUGGAAAUAUCCAUCUCUUACGCAAGUGGCGAAACUGACAGGACAUUCCUAUAGAGUACUGUAUCUGGCGUUGAGCCCGGAUGGUGAAGCGAUCGUCACCGGCGCAGGUGACGAGACGCUACGUUUCUGGAAUGUGUUCAGCAAGGCGAGGAGCCAAAAGGAGAAUAAGAGUGUUCUAAAUUUAUUUACCAAUAUUCGAUAAAUAUGCUAAGAGCGCAUGAGGGAUACGAUUUUCUCUCCGCUAUACAAACACACACACACAUCCACACAGAGAUGCUUCCAAUUCUAGAAAGAGAUAAGCGAAUCCAACCACCGGCAAAAUUUUUCAUGCUCACUCCGUUAAUCGUUUGUUCCUUCUGGCGUUCUUUUUCUAGACAUAUGUAUCAUCACUUUACUUCAAUUAAUUUAUUAAUGCGCUAGUGUAUAUUUUUGUAAUUAUUUUCUUUUUUUCUUGUAGUACCACCUGCCCAGGUGAUGAAUGCAGAGUAGAAAUUUACAUAUGAAGUAGGUGGAUAGCAGAACUCUUGAAUGCACUCACCGAAUGCAAUUUUUUAGUGAGAGAAUGAGCAGAUUAUAUUUUCUAAUAACAGAGCCGUGUGAAGGAAUGAGAAUGCGUUUGUGUUUUACUAACAACUUUAUUUGUUUUAAUUUAGAUUCUAGUUGAACAUUUGCUCGUUGCUGGCGCUUGAAGGAAACUUGAAUUCUCCACCCGUGUAACCAAGUGGGAAGAGAAUUCGAUCAUCCUUGCUUACUGUAAGCCAAUGGGUAUCGAGUGAAUGCAGUACUGAUUCUUUUGUUAUGAAAAUCUACAAAAUCAACAUAUUUAUGGUGACAUUCGGCCAUUUUUUGCUAGAAAUUAGGGACUAUAUUUAACACAUGAGGUUCCAGUAGGUUUCAUUGUUCAAUGCUCAACUAUGCCAUUGAUGAGAAACGUAUUGAACUUCAUGAUCUCAAAAUUUUCUAGUUGUAUUAAUUCGCGUACGUGAAAAUUGUUGUAUUAUUAUUAUGGGUGAUAAAUUAAGAGUGGCUAACAUUAUGAGAUGUUCCCAUAUACUGCCGAAAUUGGUGUUCUUUAGCGCAACUUUUUCGGUAAAUACUGUAUAGUGGUAAUUUGGUUAUAUUGUUGGCUGUAUCUUUUGUAAAUAGUUGAUUUGAUUAAAAUAACCCCUAAUUUAGUGUACAACGUUUUGCAUCGGUCCUAUUUGUGACACUUUUCGUAGCACGUAAAAAAUAAUUGGAUUAGUGCUUUUUGUAGAACGUUCCCACUAGAGAUGCUAUACAGUGGUAAUUGCUAUUAUAACGUAAUAGAGUAAGUUCCGGUUUCAAUUUCCUCGAGAAAAUAUCGCCGAUAAAUCAAUUGUAAUUGUUUUGUAUAAAGAAAAGUGCAGAAUAACAUUUAAAAUGAAUGGAA